GAGGAGGAGGCGGAAGGCGGCGGGCGGCUGAAGCUCUGCGGGGCCGUGUGGCGAGAGGUGAGGGGCAAGCUCCGGGGCAUCGUGGACAGCAAGUACUUCAACCGGGGGAUCAUGAUCGCCAUCCUGGUGAACACCAUCAGUAUGGGCAUCGAGCACCACGAGCAGCCAGAGGAACUGACCAACAUCUUGGAGAUCAGCAACGUCGUGUUUACAAGCAUGUUUGCCCUGGAGAUGAUCCUGAAACUUGCUGCUUUUGGUCUCUUUGAUUACCUCCGCAACCCCUACAACAUCUUUGACAGCAUCAUUGUCAUCAUCAGCAUCUGGGAGAUCAUCGGGCAGGCGGAUGGGGGCCUCUCUGUGCUGAGGACUUUCAGGCUGCUGCGGGUGCUGAAGCUGGUGCGCUUCAUGCCCGCGCUGCGCCGCCAGCUCGUGGUGCUGAUGAAGACUAUGGACAACGUGGCCACCUUCUGCAUGCUCCUCAUGCUCUUCAUCUUCAUCUUCAGCAUCCUCGGAAUGCACAUCUUUGGUUGCAAGUUCAGCCUCAGGACAGACACGGGAGAUACGGUUCCUGACAGGAAGAAUUUUGACUCCCUGCUGUGGGCCAUUGUCACUGUCUUCCAGAUCCUCACCCAAGAGGACUGGAAUGUGGUGCUCUACAAUGGCAUGGCCUCCACCUCGCCAUGGGCAUCCCUCUACUUUGUGGCUCUCAUGACAUUUGGCAAUUAUGUCCUCUUCAAUCUGCUGGUGGCCAUUCUGGUGGAGGGGUUCCAGGCUGAGGGUGAUGCCAACCGGUCAUAUUCAGAUGAAGAUCAGAGUUCAUCAAACAUGGAGGAGUUAGAUCAGUUCCAAGAGAUCCAGGAGGGCUCAGAUCCCAAGCUCUGUGCAAUUCCUGUGACACCUAAUGGGCAUUUGGACCCAUCCUUGCCCUCUUCCAACCCAGCAGUAGCUGUUGGGGGGGUCUCCAACCCUUCAAGGAACUCCCUGCAGCCUGACCACAUCCGUGUGGCUGUCGGCUCUCGCAAGAGCAGCGUGAUGUCCCUGGGGAGAGUGACCUGUGACCAGCGGUCCUUGUCCAGCUCCCGCAGCUCCUGGGGCCGCAGUGGAGCCUGGGGCAGCCGUCGCUCCAGCUGGAACAGCCUGGCCAGGGGACACAGCCUGAAGCACAACCCUCCCUCCACGGAGCACGAGUCCCUCCUGCACGAGUCCCUCCUGGCUGGGGAGAAGCACAGGGCAGCAGCUGGGGAGCCAGGAGGGGCAGGGAGGGUGUUCCAGCACCGUCGCACGCUCUCGCUGGACAACAAAGGUUCCUGGGACCUGCUGGAGUUGGCCUCAGUCCCACCUGGCCACAGAGGGACCCAUAAGCUGGGUGCAAUGUCUGGGGCUGGUGAGCAUCAAGACUGCAAUGGCAAAAUGCCCGGUAUUGCCAAGGAGAUCUUCCCAAAGAUGAACAGCCGCAAGGAACGGGGAGAAGAUGAUGAAGAGAUAGAUUAUAGCCUGUGCUUUCGCAUCCGGAAGAUGAUGGAAGUCUACAAGCCAGACUGGUGUGAGCUGAGGGAAGACUGGUCCAUCUAUCUCUUCUCUCCACAAAACAGGUUUCGCCUCCUCUGCCAAACUGUCAUUGCUCACAAGCUCUUUGACUACGUUGUGCUGGCCUUCAUCUUCCUCAACUGCAUCACCAUUGCCCUGGAGAGACCACAGAUUGAGCACAGAAGCACGGAAAGGAUCUUUCUCACUGUGUCCAACUACAUUUUCACAGCAAUUUUUGUGGCUGAGAUGACACUGAAGGUGGUCUCUCUGGGCCUGUAUUUUGGUGACCAGGCUUACCUCCGCAGCAGCUGGAACGUCCUGGAUGGCUUCUUGGUCUUCGUGUCCCUCAUUGACAUUGUGGUCUCCGUGGCCUCUGCUGGGGGUGCCAAAAUCCUGGGGGUGCUGAGAGUCCUGCGGCUGCUGCGCACCUUACGGCCCCUCAGAGUCAUCAGCCGAGCCCCGGGCCUGAAGCUGGUGGUGGAGACACUCAUUUCCUCCCUCAAGCCCAUAGGCAACAUCGUCCUUAUCUGCUGUGCUUUCUUCAUCAUCUUUGGCAUCCUGGGUGUGCAGCUCUUCAAGGGCAAGUUCUACCACUGCCUGGGAGUCGACAUCAGGAACAUCACCAACCGAUCCGAUUGCGUGGCUGCCAACUAUAAGUGGGUGCACCACAAGUACAACUUUGACAACCUUGGUCAGGCUCUGAUGUCCCUCUUUGUUCUGGCUUCCAAGGAUGGCUGGGUCAAUAUUAUGUAUAAUGGACUAGAUGCUGUGGCUGUUGACCAGCAGCCAGUGACCAACAACAAUCCCUGGAUGCUCCUCUACUUCAUCUCCUUCCUCCUCAUCGUCAGCUUCUUCGUGCUCCACAUGUUCGUGGGGGUCUGCCACAAGUGCCGGCAGCACCAGGAGGCGGAGGAGGCGCGCCGGCGGGAGGAGAAGCGCCUGAGACGCCUGGAGAAGAAGAGAAGGAAGGCGCAGCGGUUGCCGUACUAUGCUACCUACUGCCCCAUCCGCCUCCUUAUCCACUCAGUCUGCACCAGCCACUACCUGGACAUCUUCAUCACUUUCAUCAUCUGCCUCAACGUGGUCACUAUGUCCCUGGAGCACUACAACCAGCCUGUGUCCCUGGAGACCGCCCUCAAAUACUGCAACUACCUGUUCACCACUGUCUUUGUGUUGGAGGCAGUCCUCAAGCUGGUGGCGUUUGGUCUGCGGCGGUUCUUCAAGGACAGGUGGAACCAGCUAGAUCUGGCCAUUGUGCUGCUCUCUGUCAUGGGCAUCACCCUGGAAGAGAUUGAAAUCAAUGCUGCUCUCCCAAUUAACCCCACUAUCAUCCGGAUCAUGAGGGUGCUGCGGAUUGCUCGAGUCCUGAAGCUACUGAAGAUGGCCACAGGAAUGAGAGCACUGCUGGAUACUGUUGUUCAAGCCCUGCCACAGGUGGGAAACCUCGGACUCCUUUUCAUGCUCCUCUUUUUCAUCUAUGCUGCUCUAGGAGUGGAGCUCUUUGGAAAACUGGUGUGCAACGAGGAGAACCCCUGUGAGGGCAUGAGCCGUCACGCCACCUUUGAGAACUUCGGGAUGGCCUUCCUCACCCUCUUCCAGGUGUCCACGGGUGACAACUGGAAUGGGAUCAUGAAGGACACCUUGCGUGACUGCAGCCACGACGACCGAAGCUGCCUCAGCAACCUGCAGUUCAUCUCCCCACUGUACUUUGUCAGCUUUGUGCUCACAGCCCAGUUCGUCCUCAUCAACGUGGUGGUGGCUGUGCUCAUGAAACACCUCGACGACAGCAACAAGGAGGCCCAGGAGGAUGCAGAGAUGGAUGCUGAGAUCGAGCUGGAAUUUGCACACGGGCUGUGCUCCCGCAAGUCAGGCUCCUCCAAUUCAGGGCAGGGAAAAGGAGCAGGGACAGGAGGAGGUGGUGGAAGAGCAGAUCCCGAAGGACGUCUGUGCGUGCGAUGUUAUUCUCCAGCACAGGAGAACUUAUGGCUGGACAGUGUCUCUUUAAUUAUUAAGGACUCCUUCGACGGGGAGUUAAUGAUCAUCGAUAACCUAUCGGGCUCCGUCUUCCAUCAUUACUCCUCGCCGGCCAUGUGCGAGAAGUGUAACCAUGACGAGCACGAGGUUCAGCUGGCUGAAAUGGAAGCAUUAUCCCUCAACUCAGACAAGUCCUCUUCCAUCCUUCUAGGAGACGAGCCGGACAAUCGCAGCACUUCUCAGCAGAGUCCUAAGGAGAUCAAGGAUGACCAGGACACCCCUGACUCCAAGGGGGUAGGAGAUCUAGGGGAAUGCCUGCUCCCAGUAUCCAGUGUGGAUGGCUCUACAAUCCCAGAGAGUUACCUGUGUGAAAUGGAGAAAACUCCUUUCAACUCAGUCCAGUCUUGGCUGACGCAUGAAACUACCAGAGUCCCUCCCAGCCCCUUCUCUCCAGGUUCAUCUUGCCCUCUGUUACCUGUUCCAGCAGAAUUUUUCCACCCAGCCAUCUCUGCCACCCAGACAGGGCCUGAGAAAGUCUCUUGUCCACGCAACCUUCCCAAGAUCUCUCUGCAAGGUUCAUGGGCAUCACCGAGAUCUCCGAGUGUGAACUGCUCACUUCUUCAUCAGGUGAGGACCCCUGCUUCCUUCUGCUAG